UGCCUCGCGCUCGUGCACAGACCUGGCUCAGCCUGUUAGACCGCCGUCUGCGUAGCCCUGUGCUGAGCCUCAUACGCGGACAGGGUUCAGAUGGAUGUGGGUGGAAAUUGCAGAAGGGCAUCUGUUCCUCGGUAAAUGCAGACACUGGGAUAUCGUAGUGCGAGAAUCCAUUGUUGGUUUUUAUGGUGGUUUUGUAAUUUCUGGAUGAAUGGAAGUAUCUAAUUCGGUUGGAUAAAAAGGCAAUUUCAGUGACAAUGGAAUGUUCCACAGGGUGUUAAAUUGGAGAAAUCUCUGAACAAGAAAAUUGCUAAAUCGGUUCAGCAGUGAAGACUUUUAAUUUUUUAACGCAGUGGCCUGUACAACAGGCGUUUCAUUUCUUGGAAUGAGUCACUCUUCCUGCAUAAUACUACAGAGACCAGUGAGAUGCUUUGAGAACGACUGUAUGAACAUUUGUGAUGAUCUAAUGGCAGACCAAAGAAUGGACAUUUCUUCAACAAUGAACGAGUUCAUGUCCCCCGGCUCCACCGACCUGAUCAGCAGCUCCAUCAACCCCCCGGGGAUGGACUACACCCGCAAGAGGAAGGGCAGCUCUACAGACUACCAAAUUGAUGGAUUUUCUUUUGAAUCACAGGCAGCAGGGCUGAGAUUCCUCAUUCCCAGGGAUAGCAUGGACACUGACAAGGAUAAGCAACUGGGAAGGGACUGCGCUGAGCAGGGCCGGAUAAAGAACGCCAGGGAGGCUCACAGUCAAAUCGAGAAGAGGCGGCGUGACAAGAUGAACAGCUUCAUCGACGAGCUGGCGUCGCUAGUACCCACCUGCAACGCCAUGUCCCGCAAGCUGGACAAGCUAACGGUGCUGCGUAUGGCCGUGCAGCACAUGAAGACUUUACGAGGUGCUGCUAAUCCCUACACUGAGGCAAACUACAAACCAGCGUUCCUCUCAGAUGAUGAACUAAAGCACUUAAUAUUGAGGGCUGCUGACGGCUUCCUCUUUGUCGUUGGCUGCGAUCGUGGGAAGAUCCUCUUUGUGUCAGAGUCUGUUUACAAAAUCCUAAACUACAGCCAAAACGACCUGAUUGGCCAGAGUCUGUUCGACUAUCUGCAUCCGAAGGACAUCGCCAAAGUGAAGGAACAGCUGUCCUCAUCGGACACAGCGCCCAGGGAACGGCUCAUCGAUGCCAAGACGGGUCUCCCGGUGAAGACGGACAUCGCGCCAGGCCCAUCCCGGCUCUGUUCCGGUGCGCGCCGUUCCUUCUUCUGCAGGAUGAAAUGCAACAGACCCUCCGUAAAAAUGGAGGACAAGGAGUUCCCCUCCACCUGCUCCAAAAAGAAAGCCGACAGGAAGAGCUUCUGCACCAUCCACAGCACAGGCUACCUGAAGAGCUGGCCACCCACCAAGAUGGGCCUGGAGGAGGACAACGAGCCCGACAACGAGGGCUGCAACCUCAGCUGCCUGGUGGCCAUCGGCCGGCUGCACCCCCACAUCGUCCCCCAGUCCAGCCACGGAGACAUCCGCGUCAAACCCACCGAGUACGUCUCGCGCCACGCCAUCGACGGCAAGUUCGUCUUCGUGGACCAGAGGGCCACGGCGAUUCUUGCCUACUUACCCCAGGAGCUCUUGGGGACGUCUUUCUAUGAAUAUUUCCAUCAGGACGACAUCGGGCACCUGGCGGAAUGCCAUAAACAAGUGCUGCAGAUGAGGGAGAAGAUCAACACAAACCUGUACAAGUUUAAGGUAAAAGAUGGAUCCUUCAUCACGCUGCGCAGCCGCUGGUUCAGCUUCAUGAACCCCUGGACCAAAGAGGUCGAGUACAUCGUCUCCACCAACACCGUAGUCUCGGGAAGCUCCCUUGACGACCCCAGCUACCCCCAGCUCGCUGCCUCCCCCCAGAGCAUGGACAGCGUACUGACAGCCGGAGACGGAGCCGGGAAGCGGGCGCUCCAGACCGUGCCAGGUAUCCCAGGGGGCACGAGGGCAGGGGCGGGGAAGAUUGGCCGCAUGAUUGCAGAGGAAGUGAUGGAGAUCCAGCGAAUUCGAGGCUCAUCUCCCUCCAGCUGUGGCUCCAGCCCCCUCAACAUCACCAGUACGCCCCCUCCUGACACCUGCUCCCCAGGAGGAAAGAAGAUUCAAAAUGGUGGAACUCCAGACAUUCCUUCAGCUGGUAUGGUACAUGGACCUGACUCCAUAGGAUACCCCUACUCCAAUAACUCCAUAAUGAGCGAUAACUCCCAUAUUGGCAUCGACAUCAUGGACGAGCCCGGCUCCAGCAGCCCCAGCAACGACGAGGCGGCCAUGGCCGUCAUCAUGAGCCUGCUGGAGGCCGACGCCGGGCUGGGGGGCCCCGUAGACUUCAGCGACCUGCCCUGGCCCUUGUGAGGCCCGCUGGGGGCCACCCAGGACCACGGGGGGUGGGGUGAGGGUGGAGAGGCAGCCUUCAGAGCCAUAUCAGCGGGGCCCCGCGACAGCCUGGCACGGCCAGACGGAGCCCGCAAAGCAUGCUGGGAGCAGUCAGCGUGCGCAGUCCUCUGGUUACAUCGAUGCAUAGUAAAGACAAAAUGUUUCAGUUCUCCAGGUUUUUCUAUGUCCAUCUGUAAACACUGGCAUUAUCCCUAGGUUUGUUUGGUUUUUGAAUGCCAUUUCAGUUUUAGUGUUUUGGUGUUUUUACACUACAAAAAGGUUUCCAUGUUGAAUAUUUCCUAUGAAAAUUGUAUCAUAAACCUGUUUAAUCUAUCAUGUAAGAAUUCUUUUCUCUAAAUAUAUGGUAAAAGUGUAUUGUAGCAGCAGUGAAAUAUUUUUAAAAUAAAAGUCUUUGUUUCUCUUG